AAGGGGUGGGAGGAGGAGUAUGGAGGGGGGCGGAGGGGAUCCGGUUUAAUUCGCGGUCCUGGGGGUGUGGGAGCGGGAGGAGGCUCCGCUGGUCCCUCCUCCCUCCUGGAGUCUUGGGCUCCACCUCCUCCGCAUGCCCCCAGAUAUACACACACUCAGUCGCCGCUGGACAUGCACACCCAGCGCCAGCUCCGGGCGCGUGCACACGCAGGUAGCCACACUUACCUGAGCCCGUGCACGGGGCUCGUGCCGCCUCGGGAGCGGCGGAGUGGCGGCCUGGGCCAGGAAGGGGCCCACAGUGCUACGGGAGUGGGGGAAGCGGGAGCAGCCCCAGCGCGGACCUGCGAAUAGAGGUGAUGGCGCGUUUUCCUUAAAUCCCCUCCUCCAGCACCUCCGCCCAGCGCCUGCUCGGCUCUGGCAGGAGAAGCCGGGAGAGAGGGGCCCUGGGCGCGGCGCACAGGCGGGCGCACGCUCCGAGGCGAGCGCGCGGAGAGGGGCGCGGCGGCGCCGGCGCAGGAAACUUGGGAGAAGUUAGUUGCAAGUGCCGGGCGGCGGCCGAGAGGAGCCAGGAGCGGACGCAGCCGGAGCCCGGCCCGCAGCGCCGAGGCAGCGCCGCGCUCCACGCCCGGCGCGCUCCGGGAGCCUGAGCCAGCCGGUGCCCCUGGAGGAGCUCAGAGCGAGCUGAGCCGGCAUGGCCCGGGGGACUACGGGAAAACGCGGCAGCUCGGCGAGCCGGGAGGAUUUCCCCUGAGGCCCGGCGACCCCAGGCUUGCUCAAGCCUACAGCUUCCUUCCCGGACCUGCAGCCGGAGGGGAAGACCCGCGAAGCAGGUGCUGGGGAGGCAGGCAGCUCUCCCUCCAAACCCCCCAGCCGCUUGGGGGGGGGGGGAGGGGUUCCCACCAGCGAGCCCUGCCCAGAGUCUGGAAGACCGGCUGGUGCUGCUGUAUUUGUAUUUAUACCCAUUGCUCUGCGUUCCCUUGCUGUUCCCGGACCUCCUCCGCCCCCCCCCCUCCUCUUCCUCCUCCCGGGCCACCUCCCCUCCUCCCCCACCCUCAUCUGCUACUGUCAAAUGAGAAAGUCACCGAGGAGAACCCAAACACUCCAGCCGCCGAGAGCCCCCUUUGGCACUUGGCAGCACGCGGCGGCGGACUCCUCGGCUCAACUUGGUGGGGUCUUCGCGACGCAACUUUCCGAGCUGCUGUGCAUUUAAGAGAGAAAAGACCGAGGAGGAGGAGAGUUCUGCGGGGCAGCGACUACCUGCGGGGAGUUCGCGAGCAAACGCAGCCAGGGAGAAAGGACAAAAAGAAAGCAAAGGGCAAACUGCCACCGUGGGGUGGGGGCACCGCCGAGAAGUUACUGUGCCCCCGCGAGGAUUUUCCGCAGCUCGGCCGAAGAGACCAGGGCGGCCCGGGGCGCGGCGCGGCCCUGGGCUCGGCCCCUAGCCCCCUCUUCCCGGGCGGGAGCGACGCCGGGGCGCGAAGUGGGGUGCAGCGAGCGCGGGCAGGCCGAACGGGUCCCCGUGGACAGCCAACAUUGAUUUCCUCCGGGCGGAGGGCGACGGCCCGGGCGGCGGCGGCGGGCUGCAGCCGCGGCACGGCGAGAGCAUGUCCAAGCCGGUGGACCACGUCAAGCGGCCCAUGAACGCCUUCAUGGUGUGGUCGCGGGCUCAGCGGCGCAAGAUGGCCCAGGAAAACCCCAAGAUGCACAACUCGGAGAUCAGCAAGCGGCUGGGCGCCGAGUGGAAGCUGCUCACCGAGUCGGAGAAGCGGCCGUUCAUCGACGAGGCGAAGCGCCUGCGCGCCAUGCACAUGAAGGAGCACCCUGACUACAAGUACCGGCCGAGGCGCAAGCCCAAGACGCUGCUCAAGAAGGACAAGUUCGCCUUCCCGGUGCCCUACGGCCUGGGCGGCGUGGCCGACGCCGAGCACCCGGCGCUCAAGGCGGGCGCCGGGCUGCACGCGGGCGCGGGCGGCGGCCUGGUGCCUGAAUCGCUGCUCGCCAAUCCCGAGAAGGCGGCCGCCGCCGCUGCAGCCGCCGCCGCGCGCGUCUUUUUCCCGCAGUCGGCCGCCGCUGCCGCCGCCGCCGCCGCCGCCGCCGCCGCCGGCAGCCCCUACUCGCUACUCGACUUGGGCUCCAAGAUGGCAGAGAUCUCGUCGUCGUCGUCCGGCCUCCCGUACGCGUCGUCGCUGGGCUACCCGACCGCGGGCGCCGGCGCCUUCCAUGGCGCGGCGGCGGCGGCUGCAGCGGCGGCCGCGGCCGCCGGGGGGCACACGCACUCGCACCCCAGCCCGGGCAACCCGGGCUACAUGAUCCCGUGCAACUGCAGCGCGUGGCCCAGCCCCGGGCUGCAGCCGCCGCUCGCCUACAUCCUGCUGCCGGGCAUGGGCAAGCCUCAGCUGGACCCCUACCCCGCGGCCUACGCCGCCGCGCUAUGACCCCCGCGGGGCCGCCUCGCGAGGACCGAUGUGCACACGUGUACAUAUGUAUAGGUACGAGCUCUGCGGCCUCCCCGUGCGCCCUCCCGCGACGGGGGCCCCGGUUUGUAUGUACAUAAGAUGUAUAGGUGCAGGCAGAGGCAGAGAUGCCAGUCGGGGCGCGAGUGGCAGAGCGCGGGAGUGCUCGGGCGAGUGUGCGUGUGGAUUCACAGGAUCAUUUCAGACCCGCACUUCGGCAGCCAACUCUAAGGAGGGCGGUUGUAUCCGACAGCAGUUGAUGUUUGCUUUGCACUUCGGAACCUGUUGCGUUUUGGCCCACAGAGGUGGAGGAGUAACUGUUUUUGACAAGUGGGGCUUUCCAGUUUUGUUUGUUGGAAGUUUAUUGUCGGUUUUGUUUUUGUUUCUCAUCUUUUUUUUUUUUUUUUUUUCCUCCUGGUCUGUGUCGCAUGCACUCUGUUCAAGUGUUAGGUCUGAAAUGGCUAGCACGAGGGAAAAGCUGAUGUGUCAUGAGUUUCUCGGAGCGAGAUGACUCUGAGCAGCCUUGCUCCCUAUUUGUACUAUUUGACUUCGCGAAUCUCUGUUCUCUCAAGCAGAACCCCCAGACGGGAUCCAUUCUUGACCAGUGACCGGCUCGAAUAUGGCCUUUUGUAUGUGAGAUGAUCACGCUUUCUUUUGUUUAUCACGUCAUAUGCAAAUGAGAGCGAGAGCUCUUAAAAGCAAGGAAUGCAAACAAGAAAUGUGUAUGAGAUGAAAAGUUGUCAGUUGGAUUUUAGCCCUUAAAAAAAAAAAAAAAAAGACUGCUAGGUUUCCCUGAAUCCACUUGCUUGGAUUUCUGACACAGUUUACAGAAAGAUAAAAGGCACUGUUCCUAUUAUCCCCUUAUGGCUGAGUUCACCUUAGGAUUGUAAAUGUGUAUAUGUCCGUGAAAACACUGAGUCUGAAAAUGUGUUGUUGGCGUUGCCCUAAAUUUGAGUCGGUUUUAGACUCUAAAGCAUUUUGAGCAAAUGUCAAAGUUAACUUUUAAAAAUUGCGGGACUAUUUCUAGAAUCGCAAUUUUAUCUUAAGAAUAAAUCAGACUUUUUUUGUCUGAGUGGUAAUUAUAUAUUUAUUAUUUAGCAAAACUGAAAAAAGAAAAAGACACCAGAAUUGUUUUGACAGAUGUCUCUCAUUUUCAGCUAGCAUUUCUUCACCAACUUGAACCGCUUAAAUGUGUUUUGGAGUUUCCUCCCUAAUUAGCUUAUUUUUUAGAUUACCUGCAAUUCAUUUGCAAAUUAUGAUAAAACACAUUUUAGAGAAAAGAACCUCAAUUAUAGCUUUUUGUUCCUUUUUUAAAUGUAUAUAUUUUGACUAAUGUUUGUGAAUGAAGUUGGCUAACAUGUAUUUAGUUUCAUUUUGACUUUAUGUAAUAUAAAGUUUUAAAAAGUUUAAGUAUUGGUUUUAACCUUUAUGUGUAAAUGGUUUUCUUGUGUGAUCUUCUAAUUUAAUAUUAGACGUCUAAACUAUAUCUGUAAAUUAGAAUCCGACUAUCACUCUGUUCAUUUUUUUUGAACAAAGAGUUUAAAUAAAGCCUGAACCAGGGAAAAGAGAAAAUCCUCUA